CCGCCCCGUGAGGCGGCACCGCCUCCGCGCUCCGUCCCGCCGCGCUUUGUCCCCCCGCGCUCGCCGUAGCGGCCGCGCCGCAGCCGCCAUGGCGGCCGCCUGUGGGAGGCUGGUGCCGCGGGGCGCCGCCAUCGCCCUGCCCGGCCGGUGUUUCUCUUUGUCGGGCUACCGAGUGAGCAGCGAUGGGAAGCCACCGAAAUUCCAGCCGCCUCCGAAGCCCGUCAUUAUCGACAGGAAGACGCGGAAGGAGGAGAGCAGGUUCCUGAGCCCUGAAUUUAUACCUCCCAGAGGGAGAAAAGAUCCUCUUAAAUACUACAUAGAAAGGAAGGAUAUGAUACAGAGAAGAAAAGUGUUCAACAUCCCAGAAUUCUAUGUUGGCAGCAUUCUCGCCGUGACGACUGCGAAUCCCCUCGCCAGCGACAAAUCCAGCCGGUUUGUUGGGAUCUGCAUCCAGAGGGGAGGGAAAGGACUCGGCGCUACCUUUGUGCUUCGGAAUGUCAUAGAAGACCAAGGGGUUGAAAUCUGUUAUGAGCUGUACAGCCCUCGAAUCCAGGCGAUCGAGGUGCUGAAGCUGGAGAAGAGGCUGGAUGAGAACCUGAUGUACCUGCGGGAUGCCCUCCCUGAGUACAGCACCUUCGAUGUCAAUAUGAAACCUGUGCCUCGUAUGGACCACGAGGAAGUUCCUGUGAACAAGGUGCAGGUACGAAUGAAACCUAAACCAUGGUCAAAACGGUGGGAAAGACCCAAAUACAAUAUAAAAGGAAUCAAGUUUGAGCUACCAGAACAUAAAAUGCAAGCAGCACAGAAGUGGAGCCAGCCAUGGCUGGAAUUUGACAUGCUGAGAGAAUAUGAUACUUCAAAAAUAGAGGCAAAGAUUCGUAAGGAACUGAGUGAAGAACUUGAAAAAUAAUAAUGUUUUUUGCAGCCUAGAAUUCCUGAGAAAAUUAAUAUUUUUAGUUUACUGUGUGGAUGAGCAAUGGUCAAGUUUUGUAUAUACAAGGGCAAAGCAACAAUAAAGUGAACCUUUCCAGAUUUGAGCAUGAACAGA